UUGGUCACAGGUGGUGAUUGGUUUGUGGACUGCCUGUUUGGUGUUUGGUGCUCUUGUUUUCCUCGACCGAUUUCUAUGGUCUGCUGCGGCGGAAUUCGCGUUGAUGGAGUGAAUUCGCUGCAAAUUUUCAUUUUACCCUGCCCGAGAUGCAGACUGGAGUCGAGGAGGCCACCUGCGCUAAAAGUAGCAGCAGAGAGCGAGUGUGGAAAUCAGACCUCUACCAGCUGCAGCAGGAAGCUCCGAGACCACAAGCGGUCUUUGCAAAACAUCAGAACAAAAACACCGACACUUUCGGCGCUGAACACCACGGCCUAUUGUCUCAUUCACAGGCUGUCAAAUUGUUGACACAGGAUGGGAUGUACCUUGUCCGCACCAGCAGAGAUGGACAGCAGACACUUUCCAUCAGGAUCGGAGGGGUCGUCAAGAACUAUAAAAUUUUCUUUGACAAAGAGGAUAAAAGUUACUAUGUUAAGAACAAGCGGUUUCCUUCAAUUGCUGAUCUGGUUGCUGAUGGACUGGUCACCAUUUACAUCGAGAGCAAGGCAGGGUCGUACCUUGAGAAGAUGUACUCGUACAACAAUUACGAGCAGAGCCCUUACAUGACACUCAACAGACUGAAAAUGAAGACGUUGGAGAAAACAAAGAAACUCAAAUCAGAAAACAACAAUUUUGGCGAAGAAAGGAAGCGAGACUCCUACGACAAAGCCCACUCGUUUAAAACUUACAACUUUAAGGGUCUCAAUUGGUGUGAGUUUUGUGGGAACUUCCUUUGGGGAUUCAGUGGCCAGGGCGUUAGAUGCGAUGAUUGCGGUUUUAGUGCGCAUCACAAGUGCAGCGAAAAAGUGCCAAGCGAUUGCUGCCCUGAUCUCAACAACCUGCGGGGUAUUUUUGGCACUGAUCUCACCACCCUGACCAAAGCCCUGAAGAUGUCAAGACCUUUUGUGGUGGACAAAUGUGUUGAGGAGAUUGAGAGGAGAGGACUUGCACAAGCUGAGGGACUCUACCGAGUGCCUGGUUUCUCGGACCACGUUGAGAGUUUGAAAAUGGCAUUCGACAAAGAUGGGGAAAAGACUGAACUAGGCCCUGAUGUAUAUGACAAUAUCAACGUCAUUGCUGGGACUUUGAAACUUUUCUUAAGACUCUUGCCCAUCCCUGUCAUCACAUUCGAAGUGCAUCCAAUGCUUAGUGCGGCGGCAGAAAUACGCACCAUACCUGAAAGAAUUUCUGCUUUGAAACUUGGAGUAAACUGCCUUCCUGUUGCUCAUUUUCACACACUCAAGUAUUUAGUAGAGCACUUUUCAAGAGUUGCUUCAUUUGCUGAGUCGAACAAAAUGUCUGCACACAAUAUAGCCACCGUCUUUGCACCAACGCUGAUGCCUGCUUUGGAGCUGCCGUCGCUCAACAGUCAAGGAGGCAUUCCAGGCAUGGACACUGAAAUCGCAGUGAUAGAAUCUUUCAUUGAUAACCACAGCCUUAUUUUCUAGAGAUUAAAUACUUAGUCAGUAUAUGAGAUCUGAAACUUAAAUCUUGAAAGGAAUUUUUGUAGGAGCUGAAAGCUUUGUUUUGUUUUUAUUUUGAUAAAGUGAAAUCAUUUUUCUAUAACGAUGCAUUCCAUUGGAAGGUUGAUAGUAAAAUUGUGCUCUGGGUGAUCUUUGUUGAUGUAUACAUAAUAUGUAUAUAUAUUAUUAUGUAUUUUUAUGAAAGCACUUUAUUUUAACAUGAAAUUGAAAAGAAGCACAAUAAUUGGCCUUUGUAAUUGGCAGUGAAUGAAAUUUAGAAAAGUAUAUAUAUAGCUUUCUAAUAAUAUUUUAUUCUCUUUAACUCCUUAUUGGAAGACUGUGCAAGUAAGUAGUAGCAAACAAUUUGCCAAAAAUAUAUCACUCAUUAUUUUUAUCUAAUAAAAUUAUUGCAUAAUAGUAAAAAAAAUAUUUAAAUAGCAAAAAAUCAUUUUAAACAUAAAUUUACGAUGUAGUAAAGUUUUAGGAUGAACCAUUAAUUUAACAAUCUUUAUUUUGAUGUGAACAGGAAAAAUAAAAUAAUAUUC